UGAUCGUUUCACUUAUUUGGUUAUAGCUUAGCCACGAGCUCUUUGCAAAGAUAUAUUCCAAUGUGCUUCACACCAUAACGAACAUUAUGUUUAAGUUAUAGGUUACUGAUGAAUUGUCAUUAGAUACCGUGUAAUUGCUGUGAUACAAUCGAGCUAGUUAUAAUAGCUUUUUUAAUUCAGCGUGUACCAUACAAAUUAGGGCUAAGGUCUCUUCUCACACUGAUAACGAUCUACCUUAAUAGAUAGUUGGAAACAGUUGUAUAUGGCAUUGGAAUAUUGCUUCUGUUUUAAACUUGCCUAAUUAAUUUUAUACCGCAGUUAUGCAAUGUCAGGAGUAUGGACAGUGGCUGUUGGGCAAAAGCCAGCCAGGGUAUGGACCACGUCGUCGUGGUCGGUGGGCUGCUUGAAUAUGGCCCAGUAGAGAAUCGUGGAAGGACUUGGGCCCUUGCCUAAUACUGGGCUACAUAAAAAAGUAUGCAAAAUGCUAGUUUGUUUGACUAAUGUACACUAUAGGACUCAACUCUAUCCACUGCAGAAAACCAACGAAUCUCACGAGUGUUACUCAACAAGAAUCUAGAUUAUCUCAGUCUGAAGUAGUCUGAACAUCAUUUAAAUAUAAUGUUAUCUAAGUAUUAUAAUUACACUUUAGAAUGAUGUGAAAUAUUUUCUAUUUAUAUUAAAAACAGACACGCAGUCAGUACCAACCUCAUUCGUAAAAUGAUGAGUCAAUAAUGAUUAUUGUCAAGAUGUAUCUGACCCACAAUAAUAUAAACUUGACGCAAUAUUCAAUUAACAUCUCGCGUCUGUUUUACUUCUCGUCUCCGAUGGGUCCUUUCGAAACGAGAAGGGGUACGAGGAGAAGGGGUGGUAAAACGGACAGGUGCACGCCGCUCGCGCUAUUGCCGUGCCGACUCCCGCACCGUGCGUCUGCCGCGAACAGCGCCGUCCUACUGACACUCGUGACGUCUUCAGCGGCCAGCGCCGAAUUUGAAAUUUAUUUUUUAAUUUUUGAGUUCGGAACAAAGUGACGUGCAGUGUUUUUUUUGUCAGAUAGUGGCAAAGGACGUAUUCUGACAGGAUAGUGGUGUGUUGUGUGAUGAUACUCAGCCGCUCUGGUUUUUGAGAGCAGUAUGAGGGGCAGCAUUUGUCAGUUUUUGUUGUUGGCGCAUGCGGUGUGCGCCAUCACCGGACCGAGAGUAGAGAAUGACUUCGAUAGACGAAGACAGGCCUCGCUACCGCAUCCAGGGUUUACGGAGCACCAAACAAGGUUCGGGCUGAGCUCACCGCUGCAGAGCUUCCAGCCACAGCAAGGACUAAUCACAAGCCCUCCCCCCACAGUCCAGUUCCAACAGUCCAUAUUCCCCCAACAACAACAACAGCAACAGCAACAAAUCAAUCAACAACAACAAUCUUACGUGCCACAGUUUAACAACCACAUCCCAAACAUCCCCAACAACUUGCCGAUACAGAACAACAACUAUCAGUUCAACCCACAGUCGAGUGUCAACCCACCUGUACUGCAGAACAACUUCCAACCACAGCAGAACAUAAGGCAAAUCCCUCCUCAAACACAGAACAUUCUGUCUCAACCGCUUCCUACAAUCCCGACCUACCAGAAUGGACUCAUUCAGCAGAACGCUCCCACCUUCCAGCCAAGUAUCCCUGUGAACACGGUCAAUAUCAAUCAACAGCGACCUACCCAGCAAGCCUUCCUCCCCACUCUUUCGACGGCACAAAACCAGCCCAUCAGUCAACCUAUCAACCAGCCUAUCUUCAGCCAACCGAAUCCGAUUACUAUUCAGCCCGCGCCGAACCUAGCCCCGCAGAAUUUCAAUCACAACCAAAACAACGCACAACUCCCUUUCCAGCAGACUUUAGGCCAACAACCCGUGUUCUCCAACGGACAAGCAUCUCAGAUUCAGGAGUUGCUGGAACAACAGUCCAAGGAGAAUCUGGAAAAACUGAAGGAGCUACAGGAGAGGGCGCGUAUUAUUCAAAAACACCAGGAGUUUGUGCAAAAACAACAGCAGAAGCAGCAGGAAAAGGUAGAGAAACUGCACGACGAAUUUGUUAAGAAACAAGCGACAAAAUCAGUUCCUACAUAUACGACAACAGAAAACUAUGACGAGUAUUACAACAGAAAUGUAGAAAGGCGGCGACCAAUUCUACCACAUGAGACGAACCUGUUUAGAAAAGCUAUAGAAUUAUACGAAAGGGACCACCCUACAACCACUACGACAACGACUACCACCACGACCACGACAACCCCACCCCCACCACCACCAACACCAACCCCAAGGUACCGACCUCGCCCGAAACCUAAACCUAGGAACCCUCCCCAGGACAGAAACAAGCAGAAACUUUACAACGAGAUCAAGAACCUGUUGGAAGAGAGCGAAACGAAAGGAUUUGACGACAGCCUGAGAGCCAAGAGCGCUGAAUUACUCAAGAAACCUGAUAUCUUGAAACAGCUUAAAGUUGCUCUUGCUGAGAACCCUGAAGACUACAGCGGAAAGAACUUCUCAUCUCGAGAAAUCUCACUCAACGGGCAAAAGUACGAGGUGAUUAGAACAACAAACCCAAACCUGAUCCCUAAGGGUGCCAUCAGUGCUGACAGCUCCAACUUGGCUCAAAUCAUGGCUGCUGCUCAAAUCGAACCGCAAAAAGAAAGUCGCGUAUCCAUUGAAGACCUAACAAAAGGUAUUUUACCGCCCGGUGCGAACUUCGAGCUCAUCAAGCAAGCUGAUAAUGGAAAACUCGAGGAAGUUAAAACUCCCAAUGAACUUCAGAAUAAGAAGAAGGUCACCUUCGUAUUCCUAGAAGAACAAGAAGACGGAUCCUUUAAGGUGAAGGGUGUCAAAGCUAAUGGCCAGCAAACUGAGGAAGGUCCCGAGGUUGAGAACAUCCUCAAGAAAAUUAAAAACGGUGAAAUUCAGCUUCCAGGACAAACUAAGAUAUCUAACUCUAUCUUUAGUUCAACCACAGCGGCUCCUAUUACGGAAACAACGGACUACGUUGCGGAAUCCUCCCACCAUCCAUCAAGUUACUCAACCUUCGUCAGCACCAACAACCACGGCUCUACCGGCCACACCAUCCCCGCCACCCACACCACUCAGGCGCCCGUCUACCAGUCUUCCAUCCAGUCUUCUCGAAACACAGCACAAACACAGACUCACUUCCCGUCUACCGUGACCGUGUCAAGCACUGAACGAUACAACACGAAAUCCAGUACACCAGCCUUUGACUUCUCAUCCAGCAGAAACAGUAUCAGCCAAACACCAAGAAUCACAUACCCUAGCUCAACGCUAUCGCCCAUCAUCAACACCACUCCAUACCGUUCCUCUGAGAAAGAUCUAGUUGUGAUUGGCUCGAGUACGCUUGCUCCUACUAUAAGCGAGAGCACGGUGAACGUGCCAAGGCAGGCGCCCCCAUCGGGCAACCCUGGUCUCGUGGACAUUCUGAAAGAGAAUGGCCUGUUCGCGACGGCGAAGUACUUGCGCCAGUCAGGUCUGGACUCGAUCCUGAACGAGACAGGUCCGUACACCAUCUUCGUCCCAACUGACAAGGCGUUUAGAACGCUGCUCGUACAGCUCGGCGGCCCCGACAAGGCUGAGGAAAAGUUCCGUGACAACCCUAGGCUGCUCAGUGGUUUACUCCUGCACCACGUGAUCCCCGGAGCCUUCGACAUCGCCUCUCUGCAGGACGAGAUGACGGGGGUCUCUCUCGCCGGCACGCAGCUCCGCGUCAACCAGUAUGAUAUGCACGACGUCGAGUGGAACGAAGUCCGCGUCACCACCAUCAACGGUGCCCGAGUGCUUGAUGAUAAAAAGGAUAUACAUAUACCACAGGGCAUAGCACAUGCAGUAGACCGCGUGAUGUUCCCGCUGCCAGUCGGAGACUUGGUACAAACACUGCAGGCUGACAGGGACAGGAGGUUCACCACCUUCCUCAAGGCGAUCCAGGCUAGCGGCUUCGAAGAUACGCUGACAGAAAGCAAAACCUACACGGUAUUCGCACCUACGGACGCCGCGUUCGCCCGCAUGUCGCCGGCCGAGCUGUCCCGGCUGGGCGAGGCGGCGGGCGCGCGCGCCUUCGUGGCGCGACACGUGUUGCCCGGCACGCUCUACAGUGCGGGCAUGCGGUACUACCAGCUCAGGAACUCCAUGGAGGACGCUAAACCCUUAACGCUGCAGAAGAAUGCUGGUCGCAUCAAAGUGAACAACGCGCAAGUGAUUACGCACAACAUCCCCGCGACGAACGGCGUGAUCCACGCAGUGGACGCGAUACUGUAGGCUGCGCAGGCGCACCCCCCACCAAUUAGCUUCAAUGAAGCUUAGAGCCGCCCCGCGUCAGUCGACCGCCGACCGCGCUACAGCACGCAGGCAGCGUCAAAUUAAAUAAUGUAAUAUUAAGACUGUAAAUAACGUUAGACUAAGGUAUAAUUUAUAUAUGCGUGUUAGAUUCUUGUAAAUAAAGAUUUUAAAUAUA